AGUGUGCUUUCUUUGAAGUCCUGCAGCAGUCAAGCGCGUAAAAUAACGAUAAACGACCCAACAUAUAGCCCACAGGGCUUGAGUCUUGUCAAUUUCCGUCAUAUAAUUUGCGAAUAAUAUGGCAGACCCACUUCAGGCGCUACAGACCGCCCUCACUGUUCCACCCGACUCGAAACAACAAGCAGACGUGCUCGCCACUCUGCGUGACACUCUAGAAGGACAACCGGGACCUAUUCCGGUCAUCGUAUCGACGCUGAUACAGACAGUGAGGAAUGGAGGGGACUCAAUACUCAAGCGCUGGGUCAUUGAUCUCCUUCAUUUUGGGCUCUGUCGGGCGAACCUCCCUAUUGAAGUGCGGACACAACUCGCCUCACAAUGUCUGGAUACUCUCGCUGGGUUGCUGCAUGACCCAAAUCCCAUGACUGUGAAGGUGGUUGUGCAGGCGUUCGCAGCAGUGUAUCCUCUUUUAUUCCGUUACCUUAUCACCAACCGGUCGAACCGACAACAAUGGGACGUACUCUCGCUCGCGAAGGGUCGAAUACUGGAGUUCGUCUGGUCACCAGGAGUCAGUGCGGGCGUGAGGCUAUCGGCCUUGAAAUUUCUCCAGAGGGUUGUAUUGGUGCAGACGCGAGGGAUUGCUGACCCUAGGCUGCAAAACAAGAAUGACCCCAACCUCUCCAUGUGUCCUGCAGACCAUCCGUUCAUUCAUGUCAUGAGUCUCGAGGCUGAAGGCCAAAGACUCUUUGAGCAUACCCUGGCCAUGCUGUUCAAUAGCCAGAAUGCCGACAUCAUGUCUGCUAUAUUGAACAGUUGGCCGAACCUGGUCAAACUACGUCCUCUUCUCGCCCAAAAUAUUAUUGGUGCUGUUUGCGCGUGGUCACCGGCCGCUCUCGUUGGCUUUCCAUACGGAACUGUCCGCAGCGUCGAAAAGUCCAUCCGUAUCCUUCUCAUCCAUAUCCUUCGUUCACCUCAAGGCGCACCAUUCGCCCAUCAAAUCAAUGACGCCCUUAACGUCCAAAAUGCGCGGAUGGAAAGGGCUACCCUGGACGAAAAACACCGCAAAGCAGCGGCGGCUGCCCUCUCCGAGUCUCGCAAACGUCCACCAUCCACCACGCUGCCUACAGACCCUGCCGCCACCGAUGCUAACAAGCGCGUCAAACUCGACCAUGACCCCUCCUCAGCAGCCACUCUUCCGGCCUCUAUCCUCUCAGCAUUCGACUUCACGACAUUGCCCGCGCCACUGAUCACGGAGCUCAUUGUGGCAAAUCUGCAAGCUUUCGACGAGAGGACACUCAUCGGACUCGUCCAGAACUACAGACAGGUGAUGGCUGCCGCUACUCUGGUGGCAGGACCCAGCACAGGUGCGGCACCUAUGGUCGCCCCUGUUGCCGUACCGGCGGGUGCGCCUGGGGCUUCAGAUAUUGCUACUGUGACACCAGUUGCCCCCGCUUCCACAAUUCCUACAGCUGGAACCCCAGUCACGGCUGCAUCGACUUCUGUCCCACCUGCAACUUCGGAAUCUGCUCAGACAGCCGAUGUGCCCACGGAGCCGGUACCUCCAACCGAGGUUAAAGAGGAGCCCGUCGACCCUCUCCAGAUGGAUAUCGAUCAGGACGAGCUCGAGUAUGAGCCCGACCUAUUGAACCAGGAACUCGAGCCCAUGCAAGAGGACGACGAAGCCGCGGCUCUAGCGGCUCUCGAUACCAAAGCCCUGCUUGCUCUCGAUUUCAAGAUCCCGCCUCCACGGACAUUAAGUGAACCGGAACGAGACGCAUUUGUCAAGUCGAGUGUGGCGAGAAUAUGGGAUGGAAAAGAUGAUCUGUUGGUUGGUGGGCUCGAGGUCGCUCUUGGGCCAGGGACUGGGGGAGUUGGACCCGGAGUCAAUGACAUGUGGAUGCUAUUGAUUGUGAGGAUGGUCACUCGAGUUGUGGACCCGAAUGAUGAGGAGAAAAGUGAUGACGAUGACGAGGACGACAACCCUAAGAAGGAGGGGGAGGAAGAUGAGCAGAUAGUGAGGCUGUACGAGAGGCAGGAUAGGUUGAGGCGGACGUUGUGCGACUACAUUAUGAAGGAUUUCUCUGGACGAAUAGCACUGGCCACGACUUGGAUGAACGAGGAAUGGUAUAACGAUCAAAUCCGGCUUCAAAGAGAUCGUAACUGGCCGCCAAACUACGAUACAUGGCUAAACCAGAUCGUUGCAACUUAUCAAAAUAGUUUGGAUGGCAAGGACCGUGUGUUUGGGCGGUUUCUCUUGGACUUGCCGGCCGUACCACCAGAUGUUUUCACGCUGCUCCGGGAUCUCUGUCUAGAACAAGAACGCAUGCAAGUCGGGUUCACUACUCUACGAGAGUUUGUCACACAGCGGCCGACCCUCCGAGUAGAGGCAAUGAACAUCAUUCUUGAACUCACGACUCACCCAGAAAAGGUCACCCGAGCGGCAGCAAUCAUCACCGUCAAGCGGUGGAUUGGCGAAGACCAGCAGCCAAUGGACAACAUGGUGCGAGAGUUUGCAUUGGGCCUGCUUCGACGGUUACAAUCUCGGCCACCGUCGGAAAAGAAGUCCGACGACCAGGAUGAAAAUAUGGAAGAUGGCCAGCUGCCUCAGGAAGAAAUGCUGCAGACACCAUACCUCCCUGAUCUGGAGUUCCCAGCGCAGAAACCUGUAGUGUUACAGCACGUCGAACUCCUGUUCGCUCUGUCCGUAAGAUCCUCCGAAUUCCUAGCAGAACUCUUUGCCGCCUAUGGAGAGAUGGAUGUCAGUGUACAAGAAGCGAUUCAAGACCUCAUCACAACACUCGUGCGCUCAAUGGGCCCAACAAACGGCAAACUCCUCACGCUCAUGCGCACAUUCCCACCUGGUGCCGAUACACUCGCUCUCCGUGUUCUCAACAUCUUCACCGAACACUCUCGACCAUCCUCGCAACUCGUCGCCCUUGUCAAAGCUCUUAUGGCUGAGCGCGACCUUGAUGCCCGUUUCCUCAUCCCUAUUAUCGCGGAGAUGGACAAGUCCGACAUCGUUAGACAUUUGCCCAAGAUUGUAUCGAUGUUGAACGGGACCAUGGAGCCGAAAAACCUGGUGAGGUCGGUGUUUGGGGCUAUUGUCACGACACCGCCACAGACGUUUGGGAGCGUGACGAGUAAUAUGCCAAGAGUGAGGCAGAGUGAGUUGUUGACACCUGCUGAGCUUAUGGUGCUAUUACAUGAGAGUGAGAAGGAGAUUGGGUUGAAGAGUGCGAUCGAAGCUAUUGGAAUAUGUUUCUCGAUGACGGACGUGUUCCGUUCAGAGAUCUUGGCUGUUGUGAUGCAACAGAUCGUAGAUGAGUCUGUGCUACCUACCCUCUUCCUGCGGACGGUCAUCCAAGCCGUCACAACCUAUAAGUCUCUCGUUGGCUUCGUCUCAACCACACUCCUCUCUCGUCUCAUCACCAAGAAGAUCUGGAUGAAUCCUCCUCUCUGGGAAGGCUUCAUCCGCUGCGCCAAAGUAAUCGCCCCAUCCUCCUUCGGAGCCCUUCUUCAGUUGCCAAAGGAACAGCUACGAGAGUUGGUCGACAAACAGCCGAGUCUGAAGGCAGGUUUGCGGGACUAUGUAAUGAAGAAGGCAGGUAAUAAGGCGCGUGUGGCGGGGUAUCUGGAUAUAUUUGGGGAAGAUGAUGGGGGAGCAGCGGCUGGGACUCCGGCUGGGACUCCGGCUCCUGCAACUCCUGCUGGAGCGGGUACGGCGAACGGGAACGGAGCGAGUACACCGACGAGUGCCACUGCAGAUGGGGCUGCAACACCACCACCACCACCACCGUCGGAAACGCCUGCUCCUGCUUCACCCACGCCUGCGUAGGCAGAAGUGUAUUGAUUACUGCGCACUGAAAUUGCUAUGAAAUGGGCAGAACUCCGUCGAUGCUCUUCAAUGCAUCCGUCGUGGCGCAAUAUGCUAGUGACUCUUUUCAACGUUCCGACUGUUUGUUAAUUAUAAUUAUUCCUCUUGUUGCAUCGUAAACACUGCUAUAUCUGCAUCUGAUACGCGUAUACUUUCUUUAUCUUUCUUUGCAAUUUCCAUCGCAUAUG